AUGGAGAAAGUUGGACCCGUUGCUUACCGUAUUGCCUUGUCGGAAUAUUUUGGUGAGAUUCAUGAUGUUUUCCACGUGUCGUCAUUAAAGAAGAGCUUUGGACAGCAAGAGCCACGUUUCGUUGAUCCAGGAAGCAUUCAACUCCAGCCUGAUCUCAUGUAUGAAGUUGUUCAAACUCAGAUUUUGGAUAGAAAGGAGCAACAAUUGAGAUCCAAGACAAUACCUUUAGUUAUGGUAUCUUGGGGAGAUCCUUUGACUCAAGAUUAUUCAUGGGAAAGAGAGUCAGACAUGAGAAAAUUCUACCCUUACUUAUUUGGGUAG